AUGUGUUCCAGUGGUCAUGCACUUCCUGAUGCAAAUAGGAUCCACAGUUUGGGAUUUGGCAGUUUUUGCAAGGAUUGGGAUGGAAUUCGACUGCGCAAGGUCCAAUUGAUCAACUUCCUUUCUAUGCCAACAGAACAAAAAGAAAAGGCUGACAUAAUAGUUCUUGAUUCAGAUGAUGAGGAUGGAAAUAGGUCAGGAUGCAAUAAGUUGGCAUCUGAGAUUGGCAAAGAACUCACAACAUCUGAAUUGGCUCGUAAUAUCACAGAGAGGGUGACAUCUAAUAGGAGCCAAGCAUUUGGAACCAUGCAUGCUGAUGGAGACAAGAACACACAGAUUGUUCCACAUGGUCAAUGUUCUGCUUUAGUGAAUCAGUUACCUUUGCAAAGCAGCUGGCAACCAUCUAUUCAGUUUGAGAGAGUUGUGUUACAGAAAAGGCCUGAGGAGCAAAUAAUGCAAGAUGUUGUGGUAUGA